GGCAUUGCAUUGAGAGAUCUGCAGAGGUGUCAAUCGGCAUUCCUCGCCCUUGGGAGCUUUCCCAAGCCUGGUUUCCUCAUCUAAAGCAGGGCGGACCUUGGCCUCUGUUUGGCAGUUUCUCCCAAAGCAAGAGGACGGUCCUGCCGAGCGAGUUCAGGGCAGAAAGAGAAGCUCAUGGCCGAAGAAGCAGCAGCAGCACAGAGAGGGCCUCCGGCCCUAGAGGGGGCGCCUCACCUCCUGGUGGUCAUGGGAGUCAGCGGGUCCGGGAAAUCUACUGUGGGCUCACAUCUGGCAGACAAGGAUGGAAGUUCUAUGAAGGUGAUGACUAUCAUCCAGAUGAGAAUAAAAAGAAAAUGGCAGAAGGAAUACCUUUAAAUGAUCAGGACAGGAUCCCAUGGCUUUGCUGCCUUCAUGAUAUAUUAAAAAGGGCUCAUACAUGUGGAGAAAAUGCAAUUUUAGCCUGCUCGGCUCUAAAGAAAAUGUACAGGCAAAUUUUGGAAAAUGGAAAGACCGGCUGUGAGAGUGAUCAGCAAGAGAACCAAGGGGGCCCUGAAUCAUUAAAGAUCCUCUUUGUCCAUCUGCAUGGAUCGAUUGACUUAAUUGCAGGCCGUCUAAGAAAAAGGAAGGGACACUUCAUGCCCCUUAGUCUCCUACAGUCACAGUUUGACACCCUUGAACCUCCAUCCCCACCAGAGAACUUUAUCACUAUUAAUUUGGAAAAAUCCCUUUCAGAAAUAGUAUCUGAAAUUGAAGACUACAUUCGAAAAAUGUAAUAAAUAUUAAGUUGAUCCUGA